AUGGCUACUACUUUUGAUAUUGCAGGUGGAUUUUCACAAUUUCCAAGUGUUCCAAAAACAGCAUCAAUUAACGGGUUUGCUGAUAGAAUUUAUGAUCAAUUACCAGAAUGUGCUCAAUCAUGUAUGCAUGAAUCAACUGGUUCAACUCCUUGUCCAUAUUGGGAUACUGGUUGUUUAUGUGUUAUGCCCCAAUUUGCUGGUGCAAUUGCUAACUGUGUUGCUGAAAAAUGUAAAGGUCAAGAUGUCAUUAAUGUUGAAAUUUUAGCUACUUCAAUUUGUUCAAGUGCUGGUGUUUGGGAACCAUAUUGGAUGAUUCCAGCAAGUGCUUCCUCGGCUUUAGAUGCUGCUGCCACUGUUCAAGCUGAAACUACUCCAACAUCAACAGCAGAAGUUUCCUCAGAAACAACUUCAGCUGAUCAAACUACUCCAUCAACCACUCAAGCCCCAGAAACUACUGCUUCUUCUAUCGCUCAAGAAACUUCAUCAGCAGCUAAUGAGGAAAGUACUUCUGUUGCUCAAGAAUCAAGUGCUGCUGAAUCUAGUGAAACCCAAACUUCUUCAUCAUCUGAAGUUUCAACUGGAGAACAUCAUGAAUCAAGUGCUCAUUCAUCUGUUGCUGCUUCAUCCACUGUUAAUGCUGAAUCAUCAUCAAUCUCAGUUCAAGUUGCAAAUGCAGGUAAUAUUAGAGGUGUUGCUGUUGGUGGAGUUAUUGCUGCUAUUGCUGCUUUGAUUUAA